AUGGUGUUUUCGACGACGAUACAAACCACAAUCAGCCCCCACGACCAGAGCUCGGUGACAGAACGUAUAUAUCCUAGCCCAGAAGCACUUAACGAAUCAAUCGCGCGUGCAGCCGUAGCGCAGAAAGCAUGGGCCAAGGUCCCCCUAGCGGAACGUAUUGCCAUUGGACAGAAAUUCAUCGAUGAGUGGCCGAAUACUGGAGGUAAACAAGUUCCCGCACAACUUACGAAGGAAAUGGGGAGACCCAUAUCUCAAGGCGCUGGAGAGGCUCGUGGCUUUUUAGAACGGGCGAAAUACAUGCUUUCAAUCGCCGAGUCAUCUCUGUCGGACAUCGCGCUGGCUGAUACUGACAAGCCUGGAUUCAAAAGAUUUAUUCGGCGGAUUCCGCUUGGAGUUGUUCUGGUCAUAGCUCCAUGGAAUUUUCCUUAUCUCACUUCCGUCAAUUCGGUUUUCCCUGCACUCAUUGCGGGCAACGCUGUUCUCCUCAAGCCAUCACCGCAAACGCCCUUGAGUGCUGAAAUUCUCGCAGACAGUCUGGUUCAUGCGGGUUUUCCUAAGGAUUUAAUCAUCCCGUUACAUCUCACUCCCGAACUAACAACCCAAGCCGUACAACAUCCUCUCGUCGAUUUCGUCUCGUUUACUGGCAGCGUUGCAGGCGGCCGCGCGGUGGAAAAAGCUGCGGUGGGUGCCCCAGGUUUCAAAGGUGUUGCUUUAGAGCUGGGUGGAAAAGACCCUGCCUAUAUUCGAGCUGAUGCAGACUUGGAAUAUACUGUAGCUGAGAUUGUGGAUGGAGCUCUCUUCAAUUCGGGACAAAGCUGUUGUGCUGUCGAGCGCAUUUAUGUCCACGAAUCGGUCUACGACGACUUCGUUGCUCGCUUUGUCGAUAUUGUCAAGGCAUACAAACUCGGCGAUCCUGCCUCAGAAACCACAAAUCUUGGACCCGUCGUCAGCGUUGCGAGCGCAGAUCGUAUCAGAAAGCAGGUGGACGACGCGAUUGCGGCAGGGGCAAAAGCUCUCGUCUCCAGCCAACUAUUCCCAAUUGCCCAACCGGGUACUGCAUAUGUUGCACCUCAAGUCUUGGUGGAUGUGGAUCAUUCCAUGGACGUUAUGAAGGAAGAAACUUUUGGCCCCGUCGUGGGUAUUCAAAAGGUUGCUUCUGACGAAGAGGCUGUCAAACUAAUGAAUGAUUCCCCGUAUGGGCUCACAGCGUCGAUCUGGACCAACGCAUCAGCGCAUCCUGAAUCGGAGCAAGCCUUCCUGAACAUUGAGGAUCAGUUGCAAUGCGGCACGGUUUAUCUAAAUCGUUGCGAUUAUCUUGAUCCAGCACUUUCAUGGACCGGGGCAAAGGAUAGUGGUCGAGGGAUUAGUUUGAGCAAAUUUGGGUAUGACCAGUUGACGCGGGCAAAGAGUGUUCACAUGAAAGUGAAAACAUCCUGA